AUGAAUGUUAAGGUCAUAGGGUUUGAAAGGCUUAAGGAAGAGUACGAGUCAUGUUCCGAUUUCAAAGACAUUUUUCUUACUUUGCAAAAUGGGGAGUUAGAUACCACUGAUGGUUUCCGUUUGGAGGAGGGUUAUCUUUUUAGAUCCAAUAAGUUGUGCAUCUCAAGGACCUCAGUGCGAGACUUUAUAAUGUGGGAAAGUCACGCUGGCGAGUUGGCUAGACAUUUUGGGUGUGAUAAGAUCAUAGUGGAGGUUGAACGUCAAUUCUAUUGGCCCAAUUUAAAAACAGAUGUGGUCAAGAUUGUUGGCACAUGUAACACCUGGCAGCGUUUUAAGCAAAAGAGGCAGAACACAGGCCUCUACACGCCUCUCCCCGUCCCUAGUUGUCCUUGGCAAGACGUUAGUAUGGAUUUCGUGCUAGAGUUGCCACGUACUCCAAAGAAACAAGGUUUUAUGUCUCAUUUGGCUUGUAUAUGGAUUUGA